UAUAGGUGUGUGUCUGUGAAAGAGAGAGAGAAAGAGAGAGAAAUUUAAGAAUUAGCUUGAGAUCUAAACGGCAUAUCAGGCAUAUUAGCAACUCUCUGGGACAGCGCUUCUAACCAGAGAUAAGGCCAUCAUGUCGUCCACCCCGCUGGCUGAGACAGAAGAAGAUGUGUUUGAUUUGACAGAUGCAGUGCCUGAGACCGAGCGACUGGACAGCAGCCUACAAAAAGCUAAAGCUCAGCUGUCUAUAAAAACCAGGAGGCACCGUCCUUCCAGGUCACGUCUCCGGGACAGUCUCAGCUCCACAGAGGGAGAUGACAGCCUUGAUGGAAAGAGCUACAGUGGCUUGUUGUCUGGCUCCUGCUCACCUCUCCAUGUGUCCCUACACUGCCCCUCCCCCUUAUCUGACCUCCAUACUUCCUACUCUCCUGCAAUGAAGGACAGAGCCUUUACCUAUGAGGUAGGUGAGAGUGAAAAGAAAAAACAAAGACGAAGGAGUGCAUGCUUACUGGAUCCCUCGUCUCCAACCAACCUGUUCAAAGGAGACUAUUUCCUGCAGCACCAGAAGGAGCACAGCCCUAUGCACCACAGGGAUCAUCUCUUGCAGGGCCAGGAGGACAAUCUCCAAAUGGGUGAAGGGGAUCAUCUAAAGCUGCAUAUCAAAGAUAACUCUCACCUACAGCACAGGGAUCAUCCCCAACUACACCUGGAGGACGGCACUGACCUGCACCAGGGUGACCAGCUAUUACUCCACCUGGAGGACCACACACACCUGCUCCAGAGGGACCACACCCAUCUCCAAGACGCUGACCAUAUCCGACUGCAACAAGAGGAGCACAUUGACCUUCACAAGAGGGAGCAUAAUCAGAAGGAUCUCAUCCAUCUGCAAAAAGGGGGCCAUCUCCAGAAGAACCAAACCCAUCUUCAAAGGGGGGACUGCCUCCAGAAGGCCCACACCCACCUGCAAAAGGGGGACCAUCUACAAAAGGACCAAACUCAUCUGCACAAGAGGGACCAUAUCCAGAAAGAACAAACCCAUGAGCAUGAGAAAGACCAAGUCCAGCUACAUGAGAGGAAUCAUUCUCCCCUGCACCAGAGGGAAUACUCUCAGAGUGAAGAUGACGCUCAUGAUGUUGGUUCAGAUGAGCCGAGCAGCCCAACAGUCCUGCUGGACAAGAAGACCAGGAGGCGUUUCCUCGAUCUCGGGGUGACUUUGCGUCGCACAUAUGGAAAGGUCAGGAAGGAACGAGCCAGCAGACAUGCCGCAGAAAACCAGGAGCCGGACAGAGCAGAAAACCGUUCCUUGCGUUCCUCUGCUCCCCCGUUCAUGCCUUUCUCAUGGCUGACGGAGAGAAUAAGGGGCUCUGGUUCUCCAAAGAACUCCAGCCAAUCCCCAGCCAAGUCUCUAUCAGAGGAUGAGGAGUUGAAAAACGACAGCAGGUCCACUAGAAACGAGUCAUCGCAGCCGUAUCAAAGCCUUUCUGAUCACUCUGAUGAGGGAUGUGAUGAGCAUGACGAACCCCUCAAUGUCAAAAAGAAGACCAUCCUUCCAUUCUCAUCAGGUGGAAGAGACAGGACAGAAAAACAGAACGGCGUCCAAAGGGAAAAGAGGGAGGACGGAAAUGAUGGAGACAGCCAAAAAUUACUGACCUCUCAAACUCAGUGCAAGCAUUUUGAUUUAUGAAUGAAUUCUUCCAAUAGAUUUAGUCUUUUUCAGCUGUACAUAAUG